ACGUACUAAAACGUACUCAUCUUGUAGUUGAAGCCAGGAAGAUGCGCGCUGAACUGGCAGCGACCUGGGUUCGUGUUUACAGUAGCUUAAUGACUGAGAGAACCCAGUUGUAAUAAUUUUAGCAAAUUCUCGUGAACAUGGCACAACGAUUUCUUGCCUUUAUCACUCUUCUGACAAGACGAUACCUAUUUGUAAUUUCGUUGGUGUUUUUACUUGUUGUAAUCGUGAUUCUCACAUAUUUAAUGCUCUUCAGCAGAAAUGUCGAAUCUGAAAAUGAGUGCGAAUGCGCGGCGACCCAUCAGCGGACCACGGGCAACCAGCAAUCUGCCAAAAGAGCUGACAAUGUUAGUCAAAACCAACUAUCUGAGACCCUGCCCGUCGAAACCCCACCUGCUAUACCAUGGAGCAAAUACGAAAUCUCCCGUACAGCGUCCUUCUCAUUUCCUUACAAGGACUUCCGCGUCCUCGUGUACGAACGAGGCCCAGUAGCCGUUGGGACCACCAAACCAUCCGUGUAUUAUUUUUCCCCGGCGCUGAUCCUGAACACAUCCAGCGCGAAUACCUCGUUUAAUUGGUUUGAGCAGCGUUUUGUUGUGACCUUUUCCCUGAUCAUGUACAACAAGGAUUACACGGACCACAUCAAGGCGAAGAUCUUACAGAUCAUGAAUGUCCAAGUUAAGGAUCAAAACCUGCAUGUGAUGCCCAUCGAGGAAAUGCGCCUGAUUAGCUCUAACCCGGAAUGGGACUCAGAGAUCGAAGUGGACACGACCUGGCGAUCGUACAGCAGCCAAUCCGACAGCAGUGAAUUUCGCAUCUUCUGCAACAACGGGUUUAAGUGUCAGCGUUUAAAAGAAGGCAUCGAGAAAAAAGGCAGUGAGUUUAUCGGCGAUAUAGAAGUCCACUACGCGCUAGAAUCACAGCGGAGUGCGGCGCGCCGUCUGACACUGACGGCCGAGCACAUCCAAACCGGGAAGAUGUUUACGGAGCUUGAGCAGCGUUAUGCCGGGUACGACGAAGUGUAUUUGAACGGUGAAGAUUCCAAACGCAUGCAGCAAGAAAUCGCCAGCAAUGUCAUGGCAGCGGAAAUUGCCGAUAGUGAAUACGUGAGCGGUGAGCAGUCACCGACGUUACUCAAGUUUAUCGAACAGGCGCUCAGUCUGCAGGAAGUCAGUUCGGCGAAAUUCACUCCGGAAAUGUGGAAAUCGGUGUACUGGAAGGACGAGAACUCCCGUCCGGAUAAGAUCACCCGGGAAUACCAAAACUCUUUUGACAAGCAGGACCGCGAAACGCAGAGCCGGAUUAUGGAUUACUUUAAGAAAGCGGAGAAGGAGAGCUGGUGCGCGAAGACGGGUGGUGGUGUCAGCGAAGUGGCUUCCGGAAACCUGAAGGUGUGCUCCGACACGAGCAGCUCAUCGGCUCAGCGGAACGAGAUGGAGAAUUAUUUGCGAAAUAUCAAUGAAGGACGGAAAGCGACGGAAAUGCAGGGCGAGAAAUUUGUGCCGAAAGAAAUGUCUUUGAAACGGACGAACAUUGCCAAGCUGAAACAGACCAGCAGUUUGGGUACAGUUUCGAUCAAAAUUUCGAAAAUUAUCGGUGUUAUGAAGACCAACGUGAACUUCCUGGAAACCGUGGCUAAUAGUUCCCAAGCAAACACCAUAUCGACAGCGCCACCCGCCGCAGAAGGAGCAUCUGCUGGCCGGAAACCAUUAUCCGAUAUCCGAGAAGUAUUUCACGUCCGCGUCGCCAGCUCCGCCAUAACGUACAGGAAAGAAGAAGCAGCUAGUAUUUGCCAGUCAGUUUUCAAUUCGACGUUAGCGAGUUUAGCGAAUAUGCGCGAUGCAUGGCUGGACGGCGCUGACUGGUGCGAAGUGGGCCACAUACUGGAAGAAAGGACCUUAGCGUAUCCCGCACGCGAUUGUUUGCGACCAGCGACGAGCAGCUAUCGCGGGGAUAUUUGCUACAAAGAUGUCGGGCAGAUUAAUAGUUAUGUCGCCGCCGAAUUUGGCCUAGAUUAUAAUAUGCAGCUGUCCGGGUUUAAUUGCUUCGGUAUUAAACCGCUGAGCGGAGGUGCGAGAAUUUACGGUGGCUAUGAAUUACUAGUCCUGCCGUUCAACCAGAACAGAAUAGGACAAUAUCAGCACACAAUUAAAUGAAA